UGUUGUUCAUACCAAAUACUAGUAGUCGACAACUUCAGUUGCAAUCAGCUGCGACAUCCUCGGAUCAAAGUAAACAAAGCAAAGCCAAAGAAAGCAGUGAUCAAUUUUUUCAUGGUGGAUCUUUGGAAAACAACAUUGCAUCAUGGCAUCUUCUUCGAGUUCGAAUCCAGUCGAAGCAUGCAAGUGCUCAAUUUGCCUGGAUUUUUUCUUAAAGCCGACGAGGAUACCCUGCAAUCAUGUAUUCUGUGAAGAGUGCCUUGCUCCCUUCCUGUCCGUGGUUUCACCCAGCUGCCCUUUAUGCCGUGUGACCUUUAAACCCAAGGAGAGAAGCAGGGCAAAAGAUCUGGAGAAACAGAUGACAUCCAUCAAAGAUUCUUGUAUAGGUUGCAAAAAGAAGAUGAAUUUGGCAAAGUUGAGACAGCACACCGUGUCAUGUAGACAUGUGGAUGAUGGGAAUAAACCUAAUUCAAGUUUCAAACCUGUAGGUAAUACUUCACAGAAACCACCAAGCAACCUACCGAACCGAUCCACCUUCCAGUGUCCUAUCUGUGGAGCAAAGAACCUAGACUGUGAUGCUCUAAGAAGGCACUGCAACAAGGAACAUAAGUACAAUGACACACCGGUGGUAUGUCCCAUAUGUGCCUCUAUGCCGUGGGGAGACCCCAACUAUGAAAGCACUAACUUUCUACACCAUAUGAACCUCAGGCAUCAGUUUGAGUAUGAUACUUACGUGGAUUACAAUAAACAAGAAGAUGAAGUUCUAAAACAAGUGCUUGCAGCAUCAUUGGCAGACAAGUAGCUACAGUACAUGUAAGAGACGGAUUGACAAGGAGAGGUAUAAAAUAUUGAAAGACGGAGAAAGUCAGAGAAAGAGAGAUAUAGGCAUACAGACAGAAAGACCCGAUUGGGGUUCAAAGAGAAAGACAGAGAAGCAUACUCAUCUGCAGGUCAAAUGAGAAAGAAGACUGGAUGAAUGUCAGAUUUUAAUGUUGAAAGGCAUAAUGGAGUUCUUGCGCAGGAUGGGACACCUUUGACAUUUGUGAUGUCUUUGAAGGAUUCAUCAAGCAUUUCUCGACUACUGUAGGAGAGUGAUCGUUUUGAGCAGCAUGGGUGUGAUGCGCCAGCUUGUAGAAAAAGCAUGGGCUUGAGAUGACAGUCUUUACAUGGAGAGAUAAAACUCAUUUCAAAUUGACAGAGAUAAAUGCUGGAUAUGUGCUCAUUGAUGCCAUCUUACACCAGUCCAUUCAGUGGUCAGCAGGUGAAUUUUUUCUUAUCAAGAGGCAAGAGGGCAAAUGAAUAUUGUUUGGUUCUCAACGGUUAUCUGGUCGUAAGCUGUGUCGACAUUUGAUAUAAGACAAUACAUGUAUAUUUAUUAGAACAAAAGGAGAAAUAAGAUAUGUUGAUAAUUUUACUACUGGUUGUAUACAAUGGAGUUUUGAGUUCAACAAACUUCAUUAUAGACAAAGCGAGGGUGUGCUGUUGAAGCUCAUUGUUGGUGUCGUCGCAUCAGUGGAUGUGAAUUUUUUUUAGAGAGAUCAAAGAUAUUUAUUAUAAAAAAUGGUUUGAUAAUCUUGUGUAUACACGUAUGUACAUGUAUCAGGGGUGGUGCAUGUGCUCUAAUUGAGAGCAGUGUGUGUAAUAUGAUCAAGUAACGCACAGUAUUGGGGAGAUGAUGGCUUGUAUUCUCAAAAGAUGUUUAAAUUGAACCAUGGUACAAGACUGGAUAAUGCCAGUUUCUAGUCUAGUCGCGCAUGAAUUUAACAUUCUUUGCCUAAAGCCGGCAUUUAUAAAUGGAGUUUUCUAAGUGUACAUGAUGAAAUAAGAGUAAUGAUCCACACAAAAUCUGCAUUGUCCAUGGUGUUGUACUGUGGUACAUUUGAAACCUCUUUUGAAAAUACCGGUAUAGGUCAACAUGUCUACAAAAGGUGAUUUCUAAAACAUUGCUUACAUAUCCAGUGCAUUGAUUAAACCAUUUUGUAAUGUGUAUGCAAUCCGGACACAAGUUGGCAUUUUUGUGAAGUGUGUAAAUACGAUCAUUCCAUCCACAAUGUAUGUUUAUUCAAAGUCUUGUACUUCGUAAGUAAGAAUGCAAACCGUAUUGCAUCUGUUAUGCAUUGAUAGGUCAGGCAAGGAAAAGUUUUGUGCUGACCCAACAAUCCAAUUCACCUUCGUAACUUGUAGACUAUCGUGAUUUAAUUGGGGCUCUUUUAAGGGAAUUAAAACCUCAAAGUCAGUUGUAUCCAGGGGUGGUUGAUAAAGCUUUCUGCCAAGAUAGUCUAUAUCAGCACAAAGGGGCUCUUAAAUGUCAAGUCCACCUCAGAAAAAUGUUGAUUUGAAUCAAUAGAGAAAAAUCAGACAAACACAAUGCUGAAGAU